ACUACCAGAGGAGCGUCUGGAGCUUCUGGAGCAGAGCGUGGGCCGUUGGUGUCGACACCGGGACUGUUGGAGAUGACCGCAGCGUCACUUCAGGAACAGCAUUCCUCCAAUCCGGGAACUUUUCUCUGUACGGGGAGCUUGAAAGUCACCGGAAAAGUUUGAUCUGAAGAGGCAGAAAUAUUGGAUUUCUGCCUUGGGCUGGGACUUUGGCACACCCAAAGAGGAUCAGUUGCGGCCUUAUUGGAUUUAAAAAACACUCAGUUACAACUAAACUGCAGGAUGAAGACGGCUCAUCUCCUCGGCUUGGAGUUACUCCUCUUGGCGGGUCACGUCCUUCUGGCCAGUGGGCAACUGGACUCGACGAAGCCAGCGGCCCAGGACCUUCUUGCCGUUACCUCGAGACCUGGGCUCGUGGAGAGGGACGUGCAGGGUCUGGUGAGGCCCAACAUCAGCAUGCCCCCCCGCCGCUGGCUACCUCCCAUGUGCACGGGGCCCACGGAAAUCAGAGACACCUUCAAAUCCAUCAACACCGUGGUGUCCUGCCUGGUGUUCGUCGUGGGGAUCAUCGGGAAUUCCACUCUGCUGAGAAUCAUCUAUAAGAACAAGUGCAUGCACAACGGGCCGAACAUCCUGAUCGGCAGCCUGGCCCUCGGAGACCUGCUGCACAUAAUCAUCGGCAUUCCCAUCAACGUUUACAAGCUCCUGGCAGAGGACUGGCCUUUCGGAGUAACUCUGUGCAAGAUAGUGCCGUUUGUCCAAAAGGCCUCCGUGGGGAUCACAGUGCUGAGUCUGUGUGCUUUGAGCAUCGACAGGUAUCGCGCCGUGGCCUCCUGGAGCCGCAUCAAACGGAUCGGCGUUCCAAAAUGGAUGGCUAUCGAAAUAGCGCUCAUCUGGAUAAUAUCCAUCGUCCUGGCCGUGCCGGAGGCAAUCGCGUUCGACAUGAUCACCAUGGACUACAAGGGAGAACAGUUGAGGAUCUGUUUGUUGCACCCCAUGCAGAACAUCAACUUCAUGAGGUUUUAUAAAUCAGCGAAGGACUGGUGGCUGUUCAGUGCCUAUUUCUGCCUGCCGCUGGUCUGCACCGCUGUCUUCUACACGCUGAUGACCUGCGAGAUGCUGAGGAAGAAGAACGGAGUCCAGAUCGCUCUCAGCGACCACCUCAAGCAGCGACGAGAGGUGGCUAAGACAGUGUUCUGCCUGGUUCUGGUCUUCGCCGUGUGCUGGCUGCCUCUCCAUCUCAGCCGGAUCCUGAAGCUCACCAUCUACGACGAGAAAGAUCCAAACCGCUGCGAGCUGCUCAGUUUCUUCUUGGUGUUGGACUACAUUGGCAUCAACAUGGCAUCCGUCAACUCCUGCAUCAACCCGAUCGCCCUCUACGUGGUCAGCAGGCGCUUCAAGAACUGCUUCAGGUCCUGCCUGUGCUGCUGGUGCCUGCCGGCCGAGAUGUUGAUGAAGAAGAAGCAGUCGUGCAUGAAGCUGAAAGUCACGGAGCGAGCCUCCGACCAGAGCAACUCGCGCACGACCAACAAGUCCACGACGGCGUGAGGAGGCGCGUCGAGUAAGAACGGAGGAGAGAGAGAAUAAGAAAUAUUGACGUGUGGAUGACUGAAUGAGGAUACGUGCGGAUUCUUGACCCAUCCACAGCGUCUUGUGACGUCUCCAUCCGUUUUUAACAGAUGUGCUUUUUGUGAAUCAGUGAGAUGACACUCCCUCUGACUGAAACUAGUGUUCUUCUUCUACUGGACCCGAUGCGCACUCUCCCUGUCCAAGAAGAAAUAAGCUGCCGUGAACUUCCAAACACCAUCGAGGGUGAUGAUGUGUGUGAGGCAGUCAAACUGGCGUUCAAAAUACCAAAUAUUGGGAACCGAGCAGGGGGCAAAGUUCAGUGUUCGAGUGUUUUAUAGAAUUGGGGGUCAAAGGUCGAUGAGCAGGAGACAGCUCAUCAGGCUCUCGGUCUGGUAGUUACUUACGGCGUGAAUCCCUCAAUAAGUUACGCAUUACAUUCGACACACACACACAAGUUUUUUUGAGAAUUUAAGUAUUUCCUCGUAUAAAUGUUUGCAUUGAGAAUGGUGCUUUGUGUCGCCUACAUGAGUUCUGUGAGAGCCAUAUUCCACUCAAGAUGUGAUUCAGUGACAGCUUUGUUGUGUUUGUUGCGCUCCUUUAGCUGUGCUGCCGGCCGCGUCAGGGCCGACAGCCCUCGGUUGAGGUUUUUGGACAGUUGUGCACAGAAUUAAAUCGUGUAACUUAAUUUUUUUUGUCGAGUAAGCGUUUGAAAUGGAGUUUCUGCCUGUGAAGACUCAUUUUGCUUUAAGCUUAUUGCCAAUACACAGACUUGUUACAGUUGUGGUCAUGUGGAUUACCGGACAGAGAGAAGAUUACCGCUACAAGUGCCUUUAAAUGUAUUAACUCUUAAUUCUUACUUUCCCACUAGUUAUUGAACUACUGAUGUUGUCGAGCUGUGCACUUCCAGCUGUGUGACCGUUCUUGUAUUAUCCUGUUCGAUAAUGUGUUUCUCAAGUGUAUUUGCUCCUUAUUAUCUUAAUCAGACUCCUUACUUUAGCCGGUAGGACAAGAGGUAGGGUUUAUUUUUUAAAUAAAUAAAAAUGAAUAAAAUAAAUAAGACGCUAAGCACUUUUUUUAGGCAACCAUCUGUUCAGAUACACGCUCAUAAUCACUUAUGACUGUGAAUGUUCCAACUUUGCUUGUCAUCCUGGUCUGACUGUGUGUGUGUGUGUGUGUGUUUGAUUUAAGUGUGACAGCAAGCAGCAUCAUGUGAUGGUGAAAAACAAAACAUUACUGUGAUUUCUCCAUUUUCUCCCAACUUCUUCGCUUCAAAUACACACACACACACACACACACAGACAGAGUUCUGACCUGGGAAUGUUCCUCUGGGCUAAACCAGUGUCACGCAUGUCCUGUUAGCCGUCAAAGGAGCUCUCUGUGCUGUGAUCUCUCGCCGCCCCUCCUCGGCUUGUGUCUCGUCUCUUCUUCUUCUGCCCCUUUCUUUCUUCCUUCUUCCUUUUUUCAAACCUCUUCCCCUCGUCGCAGUUUUCUUUUUGCUCUGCAUUCCCGUCUCCACUGUUCCCAAUAACUCCCUCUGCCUUAGUUCUUCCAUUAUGUCCUUUUUUUUAAAAUCAGUGUGGUUAUAAAUUAAUCCAGCCCGGUGCUGUAAGCAGCCUCGAGUGGAAGAAAUCACGAUCCGUACAGUCCUCCCUAAAUCAUCUCCUGUUCCUCCCCAACUGGGUUCAACUGAUGCAUCUGCUCGAUGGUGCCGGCGUUGGCGUUCUACCGAUGCGAUCGAGUGUCCUCCGAGAUCGCUGCCGCAAAAUGAAACGGUGAUAAAAAAGAUGCGAAGAAAGUAAAUGUGCUGCUUCCCGAACAGUCUAUGAAUCAAAGAGUGAUCAGCUCAGGGUCAGUCUCGAGCUCCUUUGCUCCACAAAAACUGAAAUAAUGUGUGGGCCCGGGACGCGUUGAUUCAUGGUGAUCUUGUAAGCUGUGAGUUGUGCUCUAUCACAGAGUUUAAGAUAACACUUAAAAGAUUCAAGCUGCAUUAAAGGGCUGGUUCGACACUGAA